UCGAUUCACCUGUCGUUCUUGACCUCCUGCCCUAUAAACGACAUGCGCUUUACUCCGUAAGCCCAAAACAAAAAAACAACCAUGAUGCUCCCCCACUCUCCAAGCGCGUGGGACCACGCUAACGUGACGCAACCAAGAAGAAAGUGUACUCCACGCGCGCGUGAAAAUAAAUUACCGACAAUGUUUUUGCAGUAUCUCUUCAUUUUCAUGUUCUCCAAAGCGAGAGAUAGCGUGCUAAAAAAAAAAGCGAGAGAUACCCAGAUUCCAGAAAAGAACCAAAACGCGCAGAACAAUGGAAUAGUACGAAAAAGUUUUCAAUUUGGGAGAGAAAACAAAACAAAACCAGAUUGGUGUUUUGUUUCCGAGGUUGUUUUGUUGCCAUGUCCAUGGUAAAAGUGGAAGAAGAAGAGGAGCAGCAAGCCACUACACCAAUUCACACAUCAUCACCUUCCUCUUAUGUGUUACUGCUUCAAAUCAUGAGCAAAAGGAGAACUUGGGUGUGCAUUUUUGUGCUUGUUUAUGGCUUGCUCUUCACAUCUUCGUGGAAUUUCCUCAAGUCCAUGAUUUCGUGGUACAAGUUGCAAGCUGAUCAGUCAUCAACAACUUCAUGGUGGCCAGCACUUUAUGCCUCGGUGCUUCUUGGUGCGGUUUUUGGGGUGCUUUGGAUGGUUGCAGCUCUCGCUGUUGUGGUGCCUGCGGUUCUGGUCACGUGGAUCGCCAUAGUGGUGUUGUUGGCUUUCUUUGGUAAGCCUAAGAGAACUUUGGUUGCGGAGGGGAGAAUGAUUACAAAAGAGAUUUUUGGUUUUGUGAUGAAGGUUUUGCUGAAAGAAGGGAAUGUUGUGGCUGCUGUUUGUGCUGUUUUGGGGUACUUUGUUCUUGGGAGGACGAAUGGGAAAGGUGUUGACUGAAUUGGGUGUGUGAGUUUGGUGCAGUGAUUAGUUUGUAGGAUUUUGGUAUGUGGGGAUUUGCAGAAUGUGGUUGUUGUGAUUUGGUCAAGUGUCUUGAUCUAUUUUUUAGCAUUUAGUGAGAUUUAGAUUAGGUAGGUGAAAUUCCCGCUGAUCCGUAUUAACAAUAUUCAAUCGUACGUUAGUGUAAUCUAUUCAUGGUUAAUUAAUUUUACAAGCUAUUUUGUCUUUUGCUUUA